GAAGAUAUAAAAUUUUUAGUAAAUGACAUAUGGUGAUACCUAGCUCGUCAUGUUCACCAUUCUAUUGUUUAUCUUUGUUUUAAUACAAAAUGCUCAAUUAAGACCUACAUUUGAUGCAAAGCAACAUCUUCACACGUAUGGAUUCCUAAAUACUUCUAAUCCUGGCGAAAAAGUUUUCAAAGAUGCCAUCGAAAAAUUCCAAUCAGUUAAUGAAUUACCAACCACAGGUACUUUAGACGAGGCAACCAUCGAAAGAAUGAAAGCACGCCGCUGUGGUAGACCAGAACAUGUUCCAGCUUUUGCCCAAACUGCAAAUAAAUGGAAAAAUUCUCAUAUAACAUAUAAGAUUUUUAACGUAUCUGAACCAUUUAUGAAGACUGAAGUGAAGAAAAUAUUUGACGAUUCUAUAAAAGUAUGGACAGACAACGUUAAUCUCAAAAUAAGUGAAACUGAUUCUAACAAAGCUGACAUUAUUAUACAUUUUACAACACAGGAUGGGCCUUAUAACGUUCUAGGCUACGCUUAUUACCCGGAUAAUGGUGAUAUUUUCUUCGAUAAAGACGAAGACUGGACUCUCGAUGUAUCACAGGGUGCGUUUAAAACAUAUUUUGGCUGGGUUGCAGCCCACGAAUUGGGACAUUCUUUGGGAUUACCGCAUACAGAAACUAUGCAAUCAAUAAUGCAUCCUUACUAUUCGACUCAAGUAAUACAACCCUCUGAAAUUGAUACCAAAACGCUAAGAACUAUGUAUGGGCAAGCAAUUAUGAAUAAUAGCAUUUUAUGUGAAGGAACCUCUGUAGAUGCAAUACUGGAUACAAGAGAGCCUUUGCUUGUAGUUGGAGAAGAGUACUGGACAAUUUCAGAUGGAGUGUUACAAAGUGGUCCAUUCCGUCGAGAUGUUUUAUUUCCUGGAUUACCCGAUAAAAUUGAUGCUGCGUUUAUGGUUGGAAAAAGAAGCUAUUUUUUGUCAGACAACCUAUUCUAUCGAUUUGAUCAUGAUGCUAAACCAUACCGACUGAUUUCCAAAAAACUCAUUUCAGUAGGUUUUGAUAAAGUGCCACCAAAUAUUGACGCUGCGUUCUAUCAUGCUGGUGCUACGACAAUUUAUUUCUUUAAAGGUUCAAAGUACUACGCACUGAACACAAGAAAACCUAGUGGGAAGCGUCUAGUAGUAAACGGUAAAGAUAUAUCUAGCGAUUGGCCAGGUAUACCCACAGAUGUAGAGGCUGUUACAUUAACUGAUAAUUCCCAAGUUUUGUUUAUAAAAAAUUCAAAAUGUUAUAUGGUGGAUUUGAAUACUAGAUUGUUAUUAAGCACUGAAAAUUGUUCUACUCUUUAUAACUGUUAAUUUUAAACUACACACUGUCUAUAUAACACAUUGACCGUGAAACUGAGAUGUUACAUUGAUAAGAAAAAACUUUGAAAUAUUAUUUUUUAUAAUCGAUUUGUACAAUCAACAUUGACAUAAAUAUUUGCUAA